GCAGCCAUGAUUAUAUACAGGUGACUUUACAUAUGCUAUCUUUGGAUUCCAAUAUAAAUGAAUGUGAACUUCGUCAGAAAUUAGAAACAGCAGUGUCGGCUGGUUGUAUUGGGGAAAAAGAAGUAUCACCAGUGGGAUUUUCAUUUGAAAGGAUCGACGAAGCUCAACAGAACAUGGAAACUAAUCAACUGCAAAAGACUGUUCCGAGCCUACUUCAAAGUUCUGGCUUAAAAGCUGAACACAAACCAACCCAAAACUCUGGCUCAAAAGCUGAACUGGAGCAAGAACAAGGUGUUAAAGUAGAACAUUUCGAAACUGGAGAGAUGAAUGAAUCACUAAGGACAUUUUUUGAACCGAGACACGAAAAGUUGAAAGAUGAUCACAAACAACUUAAAGAGAGGUUGAAAAGAAUAAUAAAACUAGAAAAAGAACAGGAAGAUUAUAAUGUAACUGAAGGUGGGGAAGCUAAUUAUACGAAAACUGAUAAAGACGUUGAUGAAGAAUGCAAAAUUAUACAGACAAUUCCUUUAAUUAAGCAGGAGGGAAAAAUGGUAUACGACGAUUAUUCCAAAAUACGGAAUAAUAUGGCAUUCUUGAUGCACGAAUUAGAUCCGGAUGAUUUAAUAACUGUCUUGUUUUCAAAAUGUGUUCUCACGAAGGAUGAUGUUUAUGAACUAGAGAAGAUCGCUGAAUCUAACAAACGAAGAUGUGUUAGUCUAAUGUUAAUGAAGUUAUGGCGGCGUGGAACCGAUGCGUAUAAGAAGUUUUUAAAAUGUCUUGAACUAAGAGGUUAUUGGCUAGCUAUAAAACGGCUUGAACCAGACUCUGUAAGAUACAAGAGCCAUAUUAAAUAUCCCGGAGAGAAGUAUCUCGAAGUAAUAGAUUCUUCCAAUCCACAUCGUAAAGAAUGUAUUAAUGAAGUAGAAGACAACAUAGAAGGUUUAUACCCAGAAUCUACCGAGUUUAUCCUGUAAAACAACGAAAGUAAUGAUAUUAUAAAACAUUAGAGUAAGUCCUUCAAUGCCCUUAAACCUAUCUAUGUAAAGAGUAUUAUGAACUGUAAAUUCUAAGCUUUCUAUCUCCUAUAAAAUUAUGGGUGUUGGAUGGCCGAAUGGUUAACGCGUGCGCGUUGUAUCAUAAGGUCUGCCAUUGUGUCAACUGUCGGGGUUUCGAUUCCCCAGUUGUAUGUGACAAGGAGUAGGGUCACCUGUCCAACCUCGUGGGUUUUCUCGGGGUCCUCCGGUUUCACCCACUGCUAAAGACCCCUACACGCAAGCGAAUUGUUGAAAUAAAGUUGAACAUAUGUUAGUCCCGAAAUGACCUAUUUUGUGUCGAGUGGACGUUAAACCCCAUUUAUCUCUCUCUCUCUCUCUCGCUCUCCUUAUAAAUAUAAAGUUCAGAUGGAAUGAACAGGUAUAGAAUUAUGUGACUAUUGGAAGCACCGCCAUAACCCCAACCCCAUCCAACUGUGUCAGAAAUCUUGGUGUGUUAUUUGACUCUUCCUUGAUAUGAAAACUCAUGUAUCGAUUCUGGUUAUUUUAAGAUUAUUGUAAUUGAUAAUUGUAUUCUCUUCCUAAAACUCUUAUAAGUCAGCAACAGAAAUUCCAGAAUAAAGCAGCUCGAAUUUUAUCUCUCACCAAAUCUGACCAUAUUACACCUGUUCUAAAACGGUUACAUUGGCUACCGGUUAAUUAAUGCAACAUUUUUAAAAUUAACACAGUCACUUUCAGUUGUUUAAACGAUCCUUUGGCGCCAUCCUAUUAUCUGAUUUAAUUAAACAAUAUGUACCUUCUCCUUCCAUACGUUUAUCUCAUAAACACAAACUUGUAUGUCCAGUACAGAAAUGAAAUGAAAUGAAAUGGAGUUUAACGUCCUACUGUUCUGCUCCUAACCUGGGCUAAUGAAGACGGGCAUACGCCAUACAGUGUGCUAUGAGGGAAAUUUUGCCCGGACAGCGGCACUACGGCCUACUCUUAUAUCGAAUUCCAACUCAUCUUUUACGUGCACGCCAAUGUGUACACGGGACCUCGGUUUUUCGUCCCAUCCGAACGACUAGACAGCUUUCCUUGUCAGCCCCUCCGUCCUGCAUCACUGACAAGGGAGAACCACGCCGGAAAAUCUGGAUGAACUUUCUCGGCCAAUGCAGGGAUCGAACACCCGACCUCCAGGCUAGCGGGCUAGCGUCUUACCCACUUAGCCACGUGAUCCCCGUCCAGUACAGAAGUCAAAAUUUGGUGAGAGAGCUUUUGCGUACGCAGCACCAAAAGAAUGGAACAAAUUGCCUCUGGAAGUCCAAAUAGUCUCAACCCUGCUAUAUUUAAACGUCUAAAAACUCUGUAUUUUGCACAAACUUUUGAACUAUAAUUUAAAUGCUUCACUUCCAAAUUGUAUAUUGUAAGUUGACUAUUCCCUUGUAUUCUUUUGUUUUCUUUGUAUAUACAUGUAAGAUUUUUAUUGUUUUCGUAAGUUUAUGUAUUACGUGUUUCGUACCUGUUUUCACUACGUGUUACCUAUUGUUUCUGUAAUUUUUAUCAUUACGUGUUUCGGAUCUUCUUUCGAAACACGUAUUGUUCGUGUAAUGGUUUUUAUUAUUUUUUUAUGGGGUAGUCAAAGUUUGCAGCCCGAACUGUACAUGGUGCAAACAUUUUGCCAACAUAUUGUUGGCCUCCGUGGAACUAUUUAUUAAAUGUAAAUUGGGUCAAUUUUGACAAACAUGAUUUACGGAUAGGCAGACAAAUGGUCAUAUCUCGGUUAUUUCUUGGCGGAUCUUCGUCAGGUUUUCAUUUUUAGACUCUCUGGAUUAAUCACAUCGGCGCUCUCAUUGACGGUUUUUCGAAAUUCGGAAGUUUGCUUUAGCAUGAAAGAUUUGCGAAUGUUUUCUUCAACAUUUUUUCGACAUUCAAGAUGGCGUAUCUCCGUCACUAUUCGAGGUGACAAGUUGAAAUUUGGUAGGAAUAAGGAACACACCGAGUCCUUCAAAUUGGCAUAUAUAGAGUGACCCGUGCAACCAAAAUUUACGUACAGAAAUUUGGUCUCGACACAGCGAAUAUACACGCUUCGGUGGCUUAUCUCGAAGUGAUUUCUCGCUUACUACGCACUAUUAUAAUACUCAGCGGUAGGGUCUAUGAUACUGUAAAUGGCCAUCGCACGUGCAUUUCUCUACACAUAUAUUAACUAUUACAACCGUAAGAAAUCUAUUGUUGACGAUUCUGAAUAGCAGUAAUAUUUAGCUUAUUGGUUAUUACAGCAGCUUUAGAAAUUACGUUCGUUUUAUUUUUUAAAUUGCUUUAUCAUUAACUGUACCAUUAUGGGCGGCAUUUUUUGGUUUAGUACAAAUGAUAUCUCUGACAUACUUGCAUUGGGCAAGAACAUGAUACUAGCAGUAGUUUCAUUUUACUUUUACAAGGUUCUUAAAACAAUUGUUGAGUUGCCCAACGAGCAUGUUUCUAAAUUCAAUUUAUUGUUCUAGCUUUCUGUUAUGUUUCGUAAAAAAGAAGUCUUGAUUAUUCCGGCCUGUUAAUCAAACGUAGAAUGGUCGGCAGACUGGUUAAGCGAGACUACUUUCAAAACAAGGCCACGUAAC